UCCCCAGGAACUUCAGCGGGGACCUUGUGGGCAGACAGAAAUGGACUCAGAAAUCAAGGAAGAAAUCCCUGUACAUGAGGAAUUUGUUCUGUGUGGUGGAGUUGAAACACAGGUUCUAAAAUGUGGUCCCUGGGAUGACCUCUUUAAUGAUCAAAAUGUCAACAGACCUAAACUGCUUAUUUUCAUUAUUCCUGGUAACCCGGGUUUUUCUUCUUUUUAUGUGCCAUUUGCAAAAGCUUUGUACUCUUUGACAAACAGAUGCUUUCCAGUUUGGACUAUCAGUCAUGCUGGGCAUGCCUUGGCCCCCAAAGACACGAAGAUUCUUACAACAUCAGAAGAUGCAAAUGCUCAAGAAAUUAAGGACAUCUAUGGACUACAUGGUCAGAUAGAACACAAACUAGCUUUCCUGAGAACCCAUGUGCCAAAGGAAAUAAAGCUAAUGCUCAUUGGCCAUUCAAUAGGCAGCUACAUUGCUCUUCAGAUCUUGAAGCGUGCCCCUGAGCUUCCAGUCAUUCACACCUUUCUGCUAUUCCCAACCAUUGAGCGAAUGGCUGAGUCACCCAAUGGCAGGAUUGCCACUCCAUUUCUGUGCUGGUUUCGAUAUGCUCUCUAUGUCACUGGCUACUUAUUACUUAAACCAUGUCCUGAGAAAAUCAAGUCCUUGAUAAUAAGAAUGGGCCUUCAAGUAAUGAACCUGAAGACUGAAUUUUUACAGACGAAUAUAUUACAACCGUUCUGCCUUGCUAAUGCUGCCUACCUUGGAGGCCAAGAAAUGAUGCAGGUGGUGAAGAGAGAUGAUGAAAUCAUAAAGGAACAUUUAUCUAAGCUUACAUUUUACUAUGGUGCCACAGAUCGCUGGUGUCCAAAAAAGUACUAUGAAGACAUCAAGAAAGAUUUUCCAGAAGGAGAUAUUCGACUCUGUGAGAAAAAAAUACCUCAUGCUUUUAUCCUCCAUUUUAGCCAGGAAAUAGCUGACAUGGUUGCUAACUGGCUGAAAGAUAAUCUGUUCAAAAUAUAAACACUAUGCAGGAAACAAGCACCUACAGCCAGAUCAUGGAGGCAGUAGAUUAACUAUGCUUAAAAGAUUAAAUAUUACUUUUGAUCUUUAAUGUUAGAAAGAAAAAAGUGAGAACUUCUUGGCUUAAAAACUCCCAGCUCCCUGUCUAAAAGCUGAAGUGAACACGUGGUGAAUCAUUCCAUAGCAUCAAUGGCACACUUUCCAAGACCCUGGAACACCGUGAUCCACACAAGGACUCCCCUUUGCAUAAGAGUCCAGUGGCACCAUGUGAUGUAUUUUAGUCAGCGGGAUUCUUGCAGACAAAAGAAAAAUCUAAAUUUAGGUGACUUUAAUUAAGUUACCUUGUAGAACAGGUUUUUCUGGAGGAAAUUAUGAAAUACUUAAAUGAAAAUGUAAGAGACAUACUAAAAUGAAAAUAAAUAAGUGAUUGUGGGAAUAGAAGAGACCAGUGAAUAUGAAGAGUGUGGUCAGUUAUGUGAAGUGUACGAGUUCACAACAAGGAUGCAGGAAGUGAUAAGCAGUGGAUAUUGGCAGUGAACAUGGAUGGAAGGUGAGAGUGAGUCCAGUCUACCUUAGCACAGGUCUCACCUGAGAUCAUUAGGGUGACAUCGUGAUCUGCCUGCAUUAGACCAAGAGUAAAGUUCACCACAGUAUUCUGGUCAACUAAACAGAUGAAAAGUUGUUGAAGAAUCCCAACUCUGCCUCUUGUCACAGGGCAGCCAGCAAGCUGUGUGUGGAGCCUUAACUUUCCAGGUGAUGAUCCCCCUGCAGUCCCCUUACCUCCUAAGCCAGCAAGGGGAGGCUCUGGACUGUCCCAGUCAGAUGUGUAUGGGCCCAUGUGCAGUUGCUCCUUCUAUGUUGAAGACCAACAGUGAGCCAAGUACUUCGCUAGCCAUUCGUGAGAAUAAGGGUCUUAACUACUGUGAAUUCUGUGAAAAUCUCCAAGUAAAUAAUUUGGGGGAAGGCAUUUUAAAAUUCUGAGUACAAUAUUAGCAUAAAUUGGUUUUCCAUUUGCAUUAACAUUAUUUGUUGGGAAUAGGUUAUUUUGCUAACAAACCAAAGUAAGCCAUUAAAUUAUGUGAUUUCAACUUUUCUGGACACAUGGAGGUCUAGUAGACAGAAGCAGGUUCUCUGGCUGAGAACUGUUUCCUGAGACCUUAGGAGCCAAGAAGUCCCACAGUUGCAGUGACAGUUGAUGACCAAUCAGAAACAUUCCAGUUUUCUUCUAAAGGAAAGCCCUCUGGGCAUUAUCAUGCUUUAAGGACAAUGAGAUAACUCUCUUUCCUCUCAAUACCUAAGGCCCCCUAAUAAAAGAUCCAGCUCCAGUGUGCUGCCAGCCCUGUGGUGUUGAAUGAGUUACUGUCCUUUGGCCUGGCUUCUGCAUCAGAGCAAAUGGAGCAAAUGAUGCAGAGGGGGAAAGCCAAGCUCCACACAAGGAGUGUUAUUACUGCAAGGAGAAGAGCCCUUAGAUACACCUGCUGUGGGCACAGGGCUCCACACAAGUCCUCAUCAGCAUCUGCAUGGGGCCUUCUGGAAAGCUGACAUUAGAAGCUUGGGCUUGUGGCUCUGAGUCCUAUAUACAGUAGGUCCCUAAUAGCACUAAAUCACUGCACAUAAACAAGAACUGGUAAAUCAGACCUACUGUAUUAAAAAGUAACAUCCACACCUUUUUUUUAAAAAUACUCUGUAUUUCAGAUGUCUACUCAUACAAAAUUGUAUAAUUUUUAAUUUUUAGAGCUUAAAGAGAUAUGGGCUCUUAAUUCCUGCUUAUCAUCUAAACACCAGUGAAUUUUCAAAAUAAAUG